CUUAAUUCCAUUUUCCUUCUUCCAUUUCUUAAGUCUCUCUCUUGAGUCUUAACUCAUCCCCUACAUUUAAGUUUCAUUUCCCUCACCACUAUAUAUAGAAGUCAAUCUUGAGGUAACAAAUCUAUCAAUCAAAUCAAAAGAAGAUCAACAAAAAAAACAAAAAACUUCGAUGUCUUCUUCAUCCACUGCCUUUUCACCAGACCACUUUCAAAACGUCUCUCCCUCCCCUUCUGACCAGCUCUGUUAUGUCCAUUGCGACUUUUGUGACACUGUUCUAGCGGUUAGUGUUCCUUGUACAAGUUUGUUCAAGACGGUUACUGUCCGAUGUGGGCACUGCACAAAUCUGUUGUCGGUGAACAUGCGAAGUCUUCUUCCUCUUCCACCUCCACCACCUCCUCCUCCACCAGCUAAUCACUUUCAGCAGAUUGGUCAUUCCUUCUUAACUCCUCGAGCCCUUAUGGAGGAGAUUCAAGGAGCUACGCCGAGCAUGUUGGCUAGCGCAUAUGUGCCUAACCCUAACAACAACCUGCAGCCACCCGGGCUAAUGAAUCCGAUGAUGAUGAGAGGAGGAGUAGGUGAACUCAUUCCUAGACCGCCCCCACCGACUGUUAAACCACCAGAGAAGAGGCAGAGAGUCCCAUCUGCCUACAACCGUUUUAUCAAGGAUGAGAUUCAACGCAUUAAGGCUGUAAAUCCCGAUAUCAAUCAUAGGGAUGCUUUCAGUGCUGCUGCGAAGAAUUGGGCCCACUAUCCACACAUUCACUUUGGGCUUUUACCUGAGCAACAACCGGUGAAGAAGGCUAACAUGCGCCAACAGGAUGCAAAUGAAAUGGAAGUUAUAAAUAAAGAUGGAUACUUCUCUAAUACCAACGGUAACUUUGGUGUGUAUCCCUACUAGUGAAGAACACUAAAUCUAUCGUUUUUCUUUCAUUUUGAUGUUUUUCGAUCUUCAUUGUGCAUGUUGAUCGCAUUUCCCUUUCUAAUUUACUUUUUCUACAUAAAUUAAACUUUUUGACUCUUUAAUAAUGAAUACUGAAACUUAUUUGAAU